UGGAGGCCCAGGGCCGCCUGUGGCUGGAGAGUCCCCCUGGGGGCGCGCCCCCUAUCUUCCUGCCCUCGGAUAGACAAGUCCUUGUCCUGGGCCGGGGACCCUUGACCCAGGUUACCGACCGGAAGUGCUCCAGAAACCAAGGCAAGAACCGCCUCACAGGCAAUCCUGAGGCCUCUAAUUACUGCAUGUCAAGGAGACAGCCGUUUGGAAAUAAACUGCUUUCCCUCCCGAGUGGGAUGUAGCGUCCCCAUCGCAUGGCCUGAAGCUGGCCAUGCUCCCAGUAGUGGAGAAGGCACUCGCACAAGGAUGCACAUUCUGACUCCACACUCUCAACCCUCAGUGGAGCUGGUCGCAGACCCCGGGACCAAGACUGUGGCAGUGAAACAGCUGGGAAUUAACCCCUCAACUGCUGGGACCCAGGAGCUGGCUCCGGGGUCAGAAGGCUCUCUGAGGUUGGGGGACACACUGUAUUUGGUCAACGGCCUCCACCCGCUAACCCUGCGCUGGGAAGAGGCCCGCACACCUGAAUCCCAGCAGGACACUCCGCCCCGCACCCCUCCGGUGGCUCCAGAUGUGGCACAGGAUGUUGAGCCACAGAAAAAGCGGACGCGAAAGUCAUCCCCGGGCUGGGAGAAGUUCGAGAAGCUGCUGGUGUUUACUGCACCUGGGGUGAAACCCCGCGGCAAGGUGGCUGGCUUUGAUCUGGACGGGACCCUCAUCACCACACGCUCUGGGAAGGUCUUUCCCACUGGCCCCAGUGACUGGAGGAUCUUGUAUCUCGAGAUUCCGCGGAAGCUCCGGGAACUGGAUGCCGAGGGCUACAAGCUGGUGAUCUUCACCAACCAGAUGGCCAUUGGGCGUGGGAAGCUGCCGGCAGAGGAGUUCAAGGCUAAAGUGGAGGCUGUGGUGGAGAAACUGGGGCUCCCCUUUCAGGUGCUGGUGGCCACGCACGCCGGCUUGUACCGGAAGCCGGUGGUUGGCAUGUGGGACCAUCUGCAGGAGCAGGCCAACGAGGAUAUGCCCAUCUCCAUCAGGGACAGUGUCUUCGUGGGAGAUGCAGCUGGGCGCCCAGCCAACUGGGCCCCUGGGCGGAAGAAGAAAGACUUCUCUUGCGCAGACCGUCUGUUCGCACUCAACCUUGGCCUGCCCUUCGCCACACCAGAGGAGUUCUUUCUGAAUUGGCCCAUCGCCAGCUUUGUGCUCCCCACCUUUGAUCCGAGAACCGUCUCCCCCUCGGGGCCGCUCUACCUCCCUGAGUCCAGCUCCCUCUUGAGCUCCGACCCUGAAGUGGUGGUCGCCGUGGGAUUUCCUGGGGCUGGCAAGUCCACCUUCCUCCAGGAGCACCUCGUGUCUGCGGGCUACGUCCACGUGAACAGGGACACGCUGGGCUCGUGGCAGCGCUGUGUGACCAUGUGUGAGAACGCUCUAAAGCAAAGGAAACGGGUCGUGAUUGACAACACCAACCCAGACCCUCUGAGCCGGGCCAGGUACAUUAAGUGUGCCCAAGAUGCAGGGGUCCCCUGCCGCUGCUUCCUCUUCACGGCCACCCUGGAGCAGGCUCGCCACAACAACCGGUUCCGAGAGAUGACGGGCUCCUCCCAUGCCCCUGUGUCAGACGUGGUCAUGUACGGCUACAGAAAGCAGUUCGAGGCUCCGACCCUGGCAGAAGGAUUCUCGGCAAUCCUGGAGAUCCCAUUCCGGCUGAAUGUGGAGCCCACGCUCGAGCGCCUGUAUACCCAGUUCUCGGAGGGCUGAGUGCUCCCCACCAGUCCUUGCCCCUUCCCCUACCUUCACUUCACCCCCAAUAAAUCCUGUUUUUCUUUA